UGGAAAUCUCGGGAUCGCCCAUCAGUCAGUGGCACCGGAGCUUCACACGGGUCCAAAUCCCCCUUCACAUCACCGCAGCGUUUCCGAUGAAGUGAACCCAGAAUAGGAAAAAAGGAAAUAAAAAAGAAAGAAAGCAUCCUUUCAGGAAUCUCAUGCGGAUUAUUAUGCUUUGACAUCUUUCCGGUGGAAUCUGAGCGAGAACCCUGGGAAUACGAUCUCUACGCUGGACUACAAGUUACCCACGAGUCAACAUGAAUGUGUUUUCCUCUAAGGUUAAAAAGCGACCAUAGUGGGACUUUUCAUGGUUUUUAUUUGGAAGGAAAACCCCACCUCCUGAUUUGAUUUCACAAAUCUGUGCCGUCGUUUCUGACAAAUAAAACUGUCUUCUGACAGAAAUCAGACUGUUCAACAAAACUGGCCUUAUGACUGUUAUUUAAGACUGUUCUCCCUCUCUAUUGUCCUCCGUUCACUUUUUAAGGAUUUUACCUUCCCUGCUCUUUGACGUCAGCGUCCCGGCAUAAACAAAUCUUUUACACAUACACUGGGAUGUACUUUGGAUAUACAGACAUUUGAACCAAAGCUAUUUUUUCAAUGCUUUCCUAUUGCACAGGAUUAUAAACCCCCCUCCCCCUUAAAACUUCCAGCACUUUCACCAUGACUCUGCUCAGAUACCCGGUCCAGCUGCAGCUGCUGCUCAGUACUGUCCUCGGCUCCUGUUUGGGUUUGGAGUUCAUGGGGGCUCGAGGACAGUGGGCCCGUUUUCUCCGCUGGGACGCCAGCACCAGAAGUGACCUCAGCUUCCGGAUCAAAACGGACGUGUCCACCUCGCUGGUCUUGUACUUCGAUGACGGUGGCUACUGCGACUUCCUGCAGCUGAUGGUGGUGGAGGGUAAGCUGCAGCUGAGGUUCAGCAUCGACUGCGCCGAGACCACUCUGGUUUCGGGUAAACGGGUCAACGACAGCAGCUGGCACUCGGUCACCGUGAGCAGGUCCAACCUGAGGACGGUGCUGGGCGUGGACGGAGACAGCAAGGCUGACGAGGUGCGACCUCAGAGGCAGUACAUGAAGAUCGUUAGUGACCUCUUCCUGGGCGGAGUCCCCCAGGACAUUCGCCCCUCGGCCCUGACCUUACCCACCGCCAAGGACCUGCCACCUUUUAAAGGAGUUAUCAGGGACCUGAAAUAUGGCAACAAAGAGCCUACGCUGCUUAGCAGCCAGAGGGUCCGAAUGGACACGGAGGGCGUCUGCACCGAGAACCCGUGUGAGAACGGAGGAAUUUGCUCCCUUGUGGAUGGGGAACCGCUAUGCGACUGUUCCAAGACGGAGUACAUCGGCCGAUUCUGCAGCAAAGAAGCCAACAGCAUCCCAGGCUUGGCACACAUGAUGAUGGCCGAACAAGCCAAGAGUAAAGCCCGCGAGGAGAACGUGGCCACCUUUCGCGGCUCGGAAUACUUCUGCUACGACCUCUCGCAGAACCCCAUCCAGAGCAGCAGUGACGAGAUCACUCUAUCUUUCAAGACCUGGCAGCGCAACGGUCUUAUUCUGCACACGGGCAAGUCGGCCGACUACGUCAACCUGGCGCUGAAGGACGGCGCGGUCUCCCUGGUCAUCAAUUUAGGUUCUGGAGCCUUUGAGGCCAUCGUAGAGCCGGUCAAUGGCAAAUUCAACGAUAAUGCCUGGCACGAUGUCAAAGUUACACGCAAUCUCAGACAGCAUUCAGGCAUUGGACACGCUAUGGUAAACAAACUACAUUGUCUGGUCACCAUCUCCGUGGACGGCAUCCUCACCACCACGGGCUACACACAGGAGGACUACACCAUGCUGGGCUCUGAUGAUUUCUUCUAUGUCGGAGGAAGCCCGAGCACCGCCGACUUGCCCGGGUCACCCGUCAGCAACAACUUCAUGGGCUGCCUCAAAGAGGUCGUGUACAAGAACAACGACAUCCGCUUGGAGCUUUCUCGGCUGGCGCGCAUCGUGGACCCGAAGAUGAAGAUCCAGGGAGAUGUUGUGUUUAAGUGUGAGAAUGUGGCCACACUGGACCCCAUCUCGUUCGAGACACCCGAAGCCUACAUCAGCCUUCCCAAAUGGAACACCAAGCGCAUGGGCUCCAUCUCAUUCGACUUCCGCACCUCGGAGCCCAAUGGCUUGAUCCUGUUCACGCAUGGCAAGCCGCAGGACAGGAAGGCGACAGGGAGCCAGAAGAACACCAAGGUAGACUUUUUUGCGGUGGAGCUGCUGGACGGGAGUCUGUACCUGCUGCUGGACAUGGGCUCGGGGACCAUCAAGGUCAAAGCUACGCAGAAUAAAGUGAACGAUGGGACGUGGUACCAUGUGGACAUCCAGAGAGAUGGAAGAUCAGGUACCAUAUCCGUAAACAGCCGCCGUACCCCAUUCACGGCCAGCGGAGAGAGCGAGAUCCUGGACCUGGAGGGUGAUAUGUACCUUGGUGGACUUCCUGAGAACCGAGCAGGUCUCAUCCUGCCCACUGAGCUCUGGACCGCCAUGCUCAACUACGGCUAUGUGGGCUGCAUCCGGGACCUGUUCAUCGACGGACGCAGUAAAGACAUCAGGCAGAUCGCCGAGGAGCAGAACGGAGCGGGAAUCAAACCGUCCUGCAACAAGGUGCCGGGGAAGCAGUGCGAGAGCUACCCCUGUAAGAACAAGGGAGUGUGUAAGGAGGGCUGGAACCGCUUCAUCUGCGACUGCACUGGCACAGGAUACUGGUCCCGUACCUGCGAGAGGGAGGCUUCGAUCCUGAGCUACGAUGGCAGCAUGUACAUGAAGGUGGUGAUGCCCACGGUGAUGCACACCGAGGCCGAGGACGUGUCCCUGCGCUUCAUGUCUCAGCGAGCGUACGGCCUGCUCAUGGCCACCACCUCGCGCGAGUCGGCCGACACCCUGCGUCUGGAGCUGGACGGCAGCCGCGUCAAACUCACCGUCAACUUAGACUGUAUCAGGAUUAACUGUAACUCCAGCAAGGGACCAGAGACACUGUAUGCUGGACAAAAACUCAAUGACAAUGAGUGGCAUACGGUGCGGGUGAUCCGGCGCGGUAAAACCUACAAGCUCACAGUUGACGAUGACGUAGCUGAAGGUCAGAUGGUGGGCGACCAUACUCGCCUGGAGUUCCACAACAUCGAGACGGGUGUGAUGACCGAGCGUCGCUUUGUCUCGCACAUCCCGUCCAGCUUCAUCGGCCACUUGCAGAGCCUCAGGUUCAACGGCCUGCUGUACAUCGACCUGUGCAAGAACGGCGACAUCGACUACUGCGAGCUGAACGCACGCUUCGGCAUGCGCUCCAUCAUUGCCGACCCAGUGACCUUCAAAGCCAAGAGCAGCUACCUGAGCCUGGCCACGCUGCAGGCCUACACCUCCAUGCACCUGUUCUUCCAGUUCAAGACUACUUCAGCGGACGGCAUCAUCCUGUUCAACAGCGGCGACGGGAGCGACUUUAUCGCCGUGGAGCUGGUGAAAGGGUACAUCCAUUACGUCUUUGACCUCGGUAACGGCCCCAACCUCAUUAAAGGCAACAGUGACCGAGCUCUGCAUGACAACCAGUGGCACCACGUGGUCAUCACCAGAGACAACAGCAAUCUGCACACCCUCAAAGUCGAUGCCAAGGUUGUCAGUCAAGUGGUUAACGGUGCCAAGAACCUGGACCUGAAAGGUGAUCUUUUCAUUGCUGGUUUGGGCCCCAGCAUGUACAACAGCCUGCCCAAACUUGUAGCCUCCAGGGAGGGCUUUAAAGGUUGCCUGGCGUCGGUGGACCUGAACGGCCGUCUUCCAGACCUGAUAAACGACGCUCUGUUCCGCAGCGGGCAGAUAGAGCGUGGAUGCGAAGCAUCGAAAAGCGAACUUGGUUUCGCCAAAGCAGACCUGCAAGGUCCUAGCACCACGUGUCAGGAGGACUCCUGCGCCAACAUGGGCGUCUGCAUCCAGCAGUGGGAGAACUACACCUGCGACUGCUCCAUGACCUCCUUCACCGGCAUGCACUGCAACGACCCUGGAACGACGUUCAUCUUCGGGAAAGGUGGAGGUCUGAUCACCUACAACUGGCCGGCAAACGAGCGUCCGAGCACGCGCAUGGACCGCCUGACGGUGGGCUUCAGCACCUCCCUGAAGGAUGGAAUUCUGGUGCGCAUCGACAGUGCUCCGGGGCUGGGAGACUACAUCAUGCUCCACAUUGAACAAGGCAAAAUCAGCGUCACCUUCAACAUCGGACUGGUGGACAUCGUGGUGCAGGAGAGCAGCAUGCCGGUGAACGAUGGCAAGUACCAUGUGGUGAGAUUCACACGAAACGGGGGCAAUGCCACGCUUCAGGUGGACAACUGGGCCAUCAACGAGCACUUCCCCUCAGGCAACAACGAUAAUGAGAGAUUGCAAAUGGCAAAUAAGAAAAUCCCGUUCAAAUAUGCCCGGCCUGUAGAGGAGUGGCUGCAAGAGAAAGGGCGCCAGUUAACGAUCUUCAACACACAGGCCACCAUCACCAUCGGUGGCACUGACCGCAGGAGGCCGUUUCAGGGCCAGCUCUCGGGGCUCUACUACAACGGGCUGAAGGUGCUCAAUAUGGCCGCUCAGGGCAACCCCAACAUCCGGAUCAACGGCAGUGUGAGGCUAGUGGGCGACGUCCCCGCUGCCGGGUCGGCUCGCACCACCGCCAUGCCCCCAGAGAUGUCCACCACCUUCAUUGAGACCACCACCACCAUGUCCACCACCACUACGAGAAAACACCGCUCACCACCGACAAUAUCGAGCACGGACGACAUCGUGACGUCAGCCGAGUGCUCCAACGACGACGAGGACCUGGAGGAGUGCAACUUCGAGCACGCAGGUGGGCUAGGAGGUGAAUUAGAUCCCUUAGUACUCCCUCCUGUAGCUACACGUGCACCCUUCAUCCCUCCCCCCCCAACCCUCCGCCCCCCCCUCACCAUUAUUGAGACCACCAAAGAGUCCCUGUCCAUGGCCACUGAGGCGGGCCUGCCCUGCUUGUCGGACCAAGGCAGCGAUGAUUGUGAUGAUGGUGAUGAUGAUGAUGAUGAUGAUGAUGAUGAUGAUGAUGAUGAUGAUGAUGGCUUGGUAUCUGGGUAUGGCUCUGGGGAAUCAUAUGACUCUAACCUGCCCCCUACUGAUGAUGAAGAUGUUUACACCACCUUCUCCUUGGUCACAGAUAAGACCUUAUCCACGUCGGCCUUUGAAGGUGGCUACAAAGCUCACGCGCCUAAGUGGGAAGUCAAGGACUUUAGACCAAACAAAGCCUCCGAGCACGGUAGGACUACUACUACCGCGUCUUUUCCCCCCAACCCGAGCCGCUCCACCACCACCACCACCACCACCACCACCUCCGCCGCCGCAGCGCCGCCCAAAUGGCCUGCGGGCAAAAUGAAUAACCGAGAGCUUAAACCCCAACCCGACAUAGUCUUGCGUCCAUUGCCCACUUCCUAUGACGUAAACCGCAAAAAGCCGAAGAGCCCGUUAAUAACCUCCCCCAUGUUCCGUAAUGUACCCACAGCGAUCCCCACGGAGCCGGGCGUCAGGCGCAUUCCCGGGGCCUCCGAGGUCGUCCGGGAAUCUAGCAGCACCACCGGAAUGGUCGUCGGGAUAGUUGCUGCUGCCGCUUUGUGCAUCCUCAUCCUCCUGUACGCCAUGUAUAAGUACAGAAACAGGGACGAGGGGUCGUACCAAGUGGACGAGAGCCGCAAUUACAUAACCAACUCGGCGCAGAGCAACGGCACGGUCAUGAAGGACAAGCAGCACGGCUCGAAAGGCAGCAACAAGAAACAGAAAAACAAGGACAAGGAAUAUUACGUGUGAGACUGUGCCACGGAGAAUCGGGUGACGAUGAGGUGUACCGGGAGCUGCGCUGACAGAGAGAGAGGAGAGAGGAGAGAGAGAGACAGAAAGAGAGAGAGAGAUUUUCAUUCUGGCACUGUGCUGAGGCACUGAGCUCUCACACCAACUGUAAUAUAAAGCACACUAUUGUGUAAGAAACCACGAUGGUAAAUAGCGACAUUAGUGACCUUUAUUCUUCGAUCCGGUCGACGGCGUUAUCAGUGUAGAAAAACUUCACAGCUACAUCCUUAUCCUAAAAAAAAAAAGACUUAAAAGGUAUGUGAUCCUUGGCAUUUUUUUUAAAAUCCUGUAAAAAAAAAAAUUCAGAGACAGAGUGAAAGAAAGAGAGAGAGAAAGAGAGAGAGAGAGGAGGAAAGGAUCCUGGCUUUCGCGAGCAUGUGAGUGACACACUGUGUUCUAAGAGAUGGACAAAAUAUAUAUAUAAAUACUUAUAAAUAUAUAUAUGUAUAUUGUGUGAAUGAGAAAGAAGGACUCUUGCCAAAAAAAAAAAAGAAAAAAUCUCUAUAUAAAUAAUCUAAUGAAAGAUUUGUAUUGUUUAUACAUUAUAUGUGGUGUCAAUUUUUUUUUUUUUUUUUGCUGUCUGCAAAAAAAAAAAAAAAAAAAAAAAAAAAGAGACAGAGACAGAAAAAAAUAAAAAAUAAACGAAAUCGGACGAGCGAGGACGGCCGCCUCGACGCUCUCGCAGCACUGUUAUUCCAAACUCCACCCAUUCGGAUUUUUAUGACCGACUGUGAAAAAAAAAAUUUGUGAGCGAAGUGGUGCAUUUUAUCUUUGUCUCAGUAAAGCGACUGAUUGUAAUGCAUGCCAUCUUUACACUACGAUGUACAGUAUGACGUCCGGCUGCGGCCGAACAGAUCUGCCAGGCCAGUCGAUCCAUCAGACACAUCUUUUCCUAGCAUUUUUAUUUAUUUAUUUAUUUAUUUAUUUAUUUAUUUGUCUCCUGCCCUCUCGAAGUGACGUGACGUGACGACUCCGAACCACACCGACGUCACGUUUCCUCCGCGGCCGGUGCUUCGGCCGGUGAUCUUUUUUGCGAUCAUGAUGUAUGUCGGUCCACUUCCUCUUGUUCUCUUUUUUAUGAAAAGCUGUCUGGUGCACACUGGCACUCCUACUAUAACGCUGUUACGGAUGUCUAUACGGAAAAAUAAACCUAACGUGAAAAGUGUGAAUUCUA